AUGGCGACCUCAUCUAGUGGUGUGAAGUCUUGGCUUUUAGACAAAUAUGCAAAACAAGUCGAAGUUGAGUGCAGAGAUGGCGCCGUUAAUAAUGCAGUGGAGUCUAUGAGCUCCAAAGGUAGCGGAGAGUGGAAGGUAAAUAUAGCAUAUAUGAAAAAAUUAAAGGAAAAUAUAAAUUCAGUAAACUUACAGUUUUGCUAGAAAACACUAUUCCAAUUUCAACUUGGAAGGGCAAAAUGUUACUCGUUUUCCAAGCUCUAUCGUUAUUCCUUGGUUAUAUAAUUUAACUUGCUUAUAAUGUAGGUCAUACACAUGAAUAAUUGAGUUCACAAAUAAAUUUUGCUAAUCUUACAAUAUUUCUAUCAACCGGUUUGAAAAUGCAUAUAUAUAUAUAUAUAUAUAUAUAUAUAUAUAUAUAUAUAUAUAUCGAGAUUUUUGGGCAUCGUAUUCUAUUAAUAUAACAAUAUUCUUGGGUUUUUAAUCACGAACAAGUUACGUUUUAGCAUAAUUUUACAGAAACAACAAAGAACCAAAAUGCUGUCAACGCAUUUUAUGUAAAUCAGUUGUCCAACUAUUAUAAAAGCCAAUAGAAAACAAAUAAACAAUAUAAAACAGUCCUUUACCCUUGACACUUAUCCCCCCCGUCACGUGACGUCAUAUGAAACCGAAGAACAUGUCUAAUAUUAGAUGGGUGUUUGCAGAUUGAAUUUUCGAACGCAUAUUUAUAUACAUUGGACCUAAUUCUUUCUGUAACUUAUUUGUUUGCAGCAAAUUUCGUCACUAGAAGGAGAUGGUUCACUACAGAUGACUUUAAUUGAAGACAAACAUUUGAUGCUAAGCUCUGGAUCCCAGAUUAGAGUACGUCCAUUGGUCAAGCAGAGGUUUCAAUGAGGAUUAAGCCAAUAAUGCAAUUAUAUUAAUAAUCAAUAUACCCAAUAAUACAAUGUCAAUAUUCAAUCAUGAUUACGUAUAACAUUUCUAUAGCGCGAAUUUACAUGUUGAUAUGAUAAAAUCAUAGAUAUCUUAUAUACACUAGAUAGCGGAUCUCUUAGUAAAAUUGAAGCCAAGAAUUUUCCAGCUGUUUCCCCCCAUUUGAAUAGAUGGCGGUCAUGUUGGUAUUUCCCACUCGCUAAUAAACGCUAAAAAACAAUGAAUAACUUUCAUUAUUUGAAUAGUUUAAAAAUGUAUUUGGAAUAGUUUAAACCUACUACAACCCUGUUUAAGAAAUAGAAAACAUAUGAAUCUUCUCAUUUCAUGGGAAUACCCCGAUACAGCAAUCACGGCUUCAAUUUUUGAAUUGCAGAAUAAUUAGAUGCGCUAUCUAGUGUAUAUAAGAUAUCUAUGGAUAAAAUGCGCUUUAUACAUCACGUAUUACGCUUACCUUAUAUACUUAGCUAGAGUGCGCUUAGCCUAGAAUAUUUUAUAUUUUAUACGACAAUUGUGAUAUUACUUUGAUUCAAUACAUCAUUUUGAUAAUUACGUCACACAUACUUUUUGGUCUCGGAGCCACGCUCUCAUUAGUAAAUUACGCAAAGUGAUUGGCUCACGAUUCAUGAGAACGAGGCUCCCAGGCCAAAGACGUAAUUAUCGAAAGGGUGUAUUCUUAACUAUGUAUCCUAACCCACCCUGUCAACUUUCCCUGUGGGGAAGAAACCAGAGCACCCAGAGAAAAUCCACGACCUUCGGCAGAGCGUUGACUGACUUUUCACAUGAGUCCGUAGCGAGAAUCAAACCCACGAACUCAAGGGUGAAACGCGCUUGCUCUGACGAUUAUGCUACCAAAGCCACAUAAUCGUAAUCAAUCACAGUCAAUCACAUAAAAACAUAUCGCUAAAUAGUAUAAAUGCGUAAUUCUAAAUAUGAUGUUUCCAAUAAUUUCAGGAGAGUUUCGCUCUUGUCAACACAGCCCAAUGGUUAAAAACGUAUUGCAAAGGAGACAGCGUGUUGUUUGUGGUCAGAAUGAAUGUGAGUCCUGAACUCUGAGUAAAGCUUUUGGUGUCGUCAUGCAUGAAAUGCCCUCGAAAAGAUAUCCACAAUCACAGGGCAGCUCGAACAAAGAUGAAAACGUGCCACAAAGCAGCCUCAUCUACAAACACAAAGUCUAGGAAUAUCGUACUUUUAGGACCGAACAUUUCAACUAUAAUUUAGGAACAGUAGUGAUCAAAGGACCCUGGUCAUGGUGUGGAACUUCCCUGCGAGUUCAAGAUUUGAGGAGAUUUGAGGAGUUUUUCUUGCAUUUGCUUGAAACACAAAUUAAUUUAAAAAAAAUUGUUUUAGGAGAUUACAAGUUAUUCAAGUUGUCGUUGUUGCUAUCGUUAAUUGUUGCUGUCGUCGUUGUUGUUUGUUGUUUGUUGUCUAUUGUUUGUUGGUUGUUGGUUGUUGGUUGUUGUUGUCGUUGUCGUAUUGUUAUUGUCGUUGUUAUUGUCGUUGUUAUAUAUAGUUGUUGUUGUCGUUGUUGUUGUUGUUGUUGUUGUUGUUGUUGUUGUUGUUGUUGUUGUCAUUGUCGUUGUUGUCAUUGUUGUCGUUGUCGUCGCGUUGUUGUUAUUUACCACAUGAUGCAAUCUUAACGUUCGAUAGAAAAGUACGGUUAUGGUUGCCUCACGAUCAUAUAUAUUUCCCUCCGCAGAACGGCUUCAGAAGGUUCCGCGUGAAGUUCGCCAACACUGGGAUAAAAACUGGCAUGGAUAACUGCAUGGAUUUUGUUAAAGUCGCCUCGCCAAUACUUCCGAUGAAAGUUAUCCCACUUCCAGACAACAUGGAGGCAUCUCAGUCUCAAGUAAGGUGCUAAUAUAGAAGGCCAACCAACCAAGCUAACUCGUUAGUCCGUUAAGACUAUUUCAGUUUACUUUUGACCAAAAGAUGUACGGCUUGUAAUAAUGAUAUUUAUUUUCUUGUAAUUUCUGGUGAUAGCUUUUAUUACUUUUCUCUAUUUCAGUUUGUGGAAGAUUCACAGGCAUAUAGUACCCCACCGAGUCAGACUUCUCAAGCAGUACGAGAUAUUUCGUUCGAGGGUGAUAACAGUACACUUAAAGAAGGUUCAAGUUUACCAGAUAUCGCCAGACAGGUAUCUUUAUACUUUACGUUCUAUAAAUGCGUGUUAUAUAAUGCACCAUUACCACUAUCCAUCAUCACCACUAUCCAUCAUCACCAGUAUCACCAUAAGCAUCACCAACACCAUGAACCCGCAUCAUCACCAACAAAACAAUCGCCGCUACUACUACCAUCAUCACCAUCAUCACCACACACGAUCAUUACCACCACCAUCGUCACUAUGUCACCACCAUCAUCACCACACCACUACAAUCACCACCACCAUCACCACCACCAUCACCACCACCAUCAUCACUAUAUCAGUACCAUGAUCAUCACCACAAAACGUUGCAUCAUUAUCACUACUAUCAUCACUAUGUCAUCACCAUCAUCACCACACUAGUACCAUCGUCAUCACCACAAUUACUAUAUCACCACCAUCAUCACUAUUACCACCAUCACACAACGUUGCAUCAUUACCACCACCAUCAUCACCACACAGUAACCGUUAUCAUCACUAUCAUCACCAUCAUUACCACCAUCAUCACCAUCACCAUCAUCACCACACAGUAACCAUCAUCAUCACUAUCAUCACCAUAUCACCACCAUCAUUACUACCACCAUCAUCAAUAUCACCAUCAUCACCACACCACACCACCACCAUCAUCAAUAUCAUCACCACCAUCAUUACUAUCACCAUCAUCACUAUCACCUCAUCACCACUACCACAAGACAUCAUCAUCAUCAUCACUAUCAUCAACAUCAUUACCCCCAUAAGCAUCACCAACACCGUAAACCACCAUCAUCUAGAUUCACCCGCAUCAUCAGCAACAAAACCAUUGCCAACAAUACCAUCAUUACCACAACACACCCUCACCACCAUCCCUAAGAAUAAAUCUCCAGUAUGUUUACGGAUCACUUCUCAACGAUUCUCAAAUUUCUUUCACAGAUUACGUCCAACGAUCAAGCUGGUAGUUCCACUUCUACAAACCUACCUACAACUGAUUUAUCAACCUUGAUUAGACUAUGCCUUUCAGAUCCUGGAUUCCCAAACUUUGUAGACAAAGUUGAAAAAGAAUUAAAACUACUGACCACACAAAAAUAA